CGUUAUUUUAUGUUUGAAAACAGAAGUUUUGGUGACUAUGUCAAAGUCAGUUACUGUACAGGAAAUAGCUGAAUCAGUCUAAUCAACCAAAUUACAACAUUAAAAAAAUAACAUAGUUGUCUAUGGCAACCACUGCUAUUUCGAAUGGUUUAGCAGAUGAUGUAAUCAGAAUCGAAUCUGGCCACCGAGGCCACCACACCACCACCCGAUGAAGAAGACACAAAGUCCGUUAGUCGUCCGCUCAGGCAAUAUCAGAAAACUCAACAGUACCAUUUCCAGUAGCAAUCACCGGAAAAGCCAUCGCGUGUCCCUCAAUCCCGUCUCGAUUUACAUCAAAACCGCCGCAAAACGAAUCGGUGGUAUUUUUUCGGUGGUUUUCUCAAAACUCAAGAAAGCCGGUUCCGGUUCCAGCAGAGAUCAAGUCCAGCAAAAUAACCCUGGAGGCAGUUCUUCUUUCGUGGGUAAUUCUGCUGGUGACGACAGUAGGAAAUCAUCGAGAUCGAGGUAUUCUAAUUACGGUACAUCUCCAGAGAUAGAGAUAGAUACAGCACUGUUGAGAAGCAGUUUGUCGUUCAAAGAUAUAUACAAGGCGACAGAAAAUUUCUCCGCAGCAAAUCAAAUCGGUGAAGGCGGAUUCGGAACCGUGUACAAAGGGAAACUCAAGGACGGCAGCGUAUUUGCUGUGAAGCGUGCAAAAACAGAAACAAGCGAUCAGCGUUUAUCGGUAGAGUUCAAGAACGAGAUUGUAGCCUUGUCGAAAAUCGAGCACAUGAGUUUGGUAAGAUUUUACGGGUAUAUUGAGCAUGGAAACGAACAGCUUAUUGUCGUUGAAUAUGUCAGCAAUGGGAAUCUUCGAGAACAUUUGGAUGGGACACGCGGAAGUGGGCUUGAAAUCGGGGAACGUUUGGACAUUGCAAUCGAUGUAGCUCAUGCUGUUACCUAUCUCCACACUUAUUCGGAUCCUCCGAUUAUACAUAGAGAUAUUAAAGCGUCAAACAUACUGAUUACGGAAAAUCUCAGAGCCAAAGUGGCCGAUUUUGGAUUUGCACGGAUGGUUUCGGAAGAUCCAACGGCAACUCACAUUUCUACGCAAAUUAAAGGAACCGCUGGGUAUUUGGAUCCUGAAUACUUGAGGACUUAUCAGCUUACUGAAAAGAGUGAUGUCUACUCCUUUGGUGUUUUGCUUAUCGAGAUUGUGACGGGAAGGCAGCCUAUCGAGUCUAAGAGAAGCCUCAAUGAGAGAAUUACCACAAGAUGGGUGAGUGAUACGAGACUUAAGAGUAACACUACUGGUGCAUGCAUAUUACUUCAUCCGUUCCAUAAUAUCUGACUUUUACGGUUUUUAUACG